AUGAGCCGUAUAGUAGCACACGGCGCUCGUAUAAACAGGCAGCUAGGCGGUUGCAAGAAUGUCGCAAGUCUCGGGAUAUCUCUCCGAUACUACGCUACCAGAUCCGAGCAUGAUUCUCCAUUUGAUCAUUUUCCCAUUAGAAGGAAACCGUGGAUCUCCUGGAAAACAACUGCAGUUUUCUUUAUUGUAGGGUCGUAUUUCGCCUACAAUGAGACGUUGUUCAAUACAUACGAGAAAUUCACAAGUCUUGAUGAAAACGACAGACAAUCGAGCGACAUUUUACCAAUGCAGUUGGAGUACAAGUUGAAGAACUUACCGAUCUAUCAGCAAUUGGCACACCCAAAAAACUCAAACAAAUGGUACAAAUUACAGUCGUGGGAAAAUUUAGACCACAAUGUGUUGGACAACCAGACACCGGACUUCAGCGAGGAAGAUAGGCGAGACCAGGCUGUGAAGAGCCAAUCAGAGUACGCAGAGCCUUCGUUGACAACUCUGACGUUAGCCAAACCUGGAGGAAUUCUUAUUAAACCUGUAAUAUUUCACAAUGUUGAGACAAACGAAGGUGUUACAAUUGUCCAUGCUGGGUUCAGAUUGUGCGGAUAUCCCUUUAUUAUACACGGAGGUAUCAUCGCGACAGUUCUAAACGAGACAUUCAAGAGAAAUGCAUCUUUGACACUGGAAACAAGCUCCAAUUUGAAGGACGAUUUUAAGGUAGAGAAUCUCACCAUAAACUACAAAUUCCCUACGUUUGCUAACCAAUUCUUGAUCGUCAAGACGAGAAAGAAGGAAGGUGUAGAUACGAACGACAGGAAGACUAUCACUCUCGAAAGUGUGAUACAAGAUAAAAAGGGACGGACUUUAGUCAAAAGCGAGGCUCUUUUGCACGAUACCGGAAGAGCUACCAAUAGGAUCAAGGAGCAGGAGAAGCAAAAGAGCUGGAACCCUUUCAAGUGAUCUCUUGUAAUUGUUGAAGCAUCCACUUGCAGAGUUAUGAUGGCAAGACAAAUGAGGCUGUAAUACUAAUGCAAUUGAACUUGCGGAAAUAGGUUGAUCUACCAAGGUACCCCAGCUUCAUUACAAAGAUACUGUUGCACUUUACUAAAUUGUCUAUGCACAUUGUUCAAAGUUCGAGACUUGAAAGAUCCAUGGACACAAGCACGGCCAUAUUAGCAAGUACAAGAGAUUAAUGUGAUACUACAGCCUUAACAUGCGCUAUUAGCUAUAUUUUGAAUUAUUAGUCUUUGGCAAUAAACUUCUUUAAAUU